AUAUCCAAAUUCUACACAUGUACAUUUCUUGGAUCAGCAACGCUUAUAUAAACCUAUCCUCGGACAAAGCUAAUCACACAAUUUCCCCAAUUCCCAUCGAUCUUGAGCAAUAUUGUCUCGUACGCAGAAAGAAAUGGCAAAACUCUUGAUUUGUCUUACGUUGAUUGUUAUUUCCUCCUUGUCCAUGGGCCUGCCGAGCAGUACUUAUGCUAGGAAAACAGGUCCUCCGGCUCCGGACAGUACUGAUGAGAAGGAGUUAUGGAUCCAAAACAUUUCCUUUGAUGGGAAACAAAGAAGAGUCACGAUUCAUUUCUAUGUUCAAGAUUUAUUAGCCGGUGAAAAUAAGACAGUCCACGAGGUAGCAAGGGCUUCUAUCACUGCUGAUUCCCCGAGUGACUUCGGUCAGGUCCGAGUGUUGGAUGACCUAGUCACAGUCGGGCCUGAUUACCACUCGACGCCAGUCGCCAGAGCUCAGGGGCUCAUCACUUAUGCAGACCUGCAAGUAGCAGCCCUGGCGAUGAACAUGAACUUCUUUUUCACCGCCGGCAUUUUCAACGGAAGCACCAUCUGUAUUUUGGGAAGGAACCAGAUAAAUCUACCAGAACGUGAAUUGGCGGUGGCUGGUGGUACGGGGUUCUUCCGUAAUGCUGCUGGAUAUGCUAUUACCAAACUCUACUCUUACGAUGCUGAGAAGGAGUAUGGUGUGUUGGAAUACACGCUUUAUCUGACUUUACCCGGUUCCUCGCCCCGCAUGGUCGCCGCUACUGGUAUUCAUGCAGACGUAUGAUCAGUGCGUACGUGGCUUUUGAUGAAGAAGAUAAUAAUUUGGGUUAAAUAAUAAAGUAUUUUUUCUUUUUCAAAUGUUAGAAAAAAUAAAUAAUAAAAAUUAUUUUUUAAAUCCUAGAAAGAAAAAGAGAGAGUGAGAGAGACCUGAGUGUGUGUGUGUGAACGUAAGGAUGUGUAUGUUUUUGUCUAAUGAUAUAUUAAUUUUAUAUAAUUUAUAAAAUCUAUUAAAAAAGUCAUGAAAGUUAACUUUUUUCAA